CUCUCUUUUAUUUUUUCUCUCUCUUUCUAACAUCCUCUUCGGCUUCCUUUCCAGGAAACCGUGGACCUAUCGUCUCGUUCGCUACCUAGUUUUUCGAUCAAGGCACGAGAGAUCGCACAAAAACCCUAAUAUCUUUGUUGUGAUCUUGAUCUUUUCUUACAUGAUCUGUUGAUUGUUCGUCGUUGAUUUGAAGGGUUUCUGGACUCGAGGAAUCUGUUUUCUGCCUUCAGAUGCAUAUAUUAUAGCAGAUCUAUUGGUCGAUUCGUGCCGGAUGGCGAACGGCACUGAUUCAGAGCAGUUCGUGUUGUUGUCGGGGAUUAGGACCGGCCUGAAACGCGAGUUUGCUUUCGCCUUGAAGGUUCAAGCGGAGUUAUCUGGUUCUCUUGGUCGGACACGAGCGAGGAAGUUUCAGAAUAGCCCUUCUGGUAAUGAAGUUUCAGAGAAUUCGAAAAAUAAGAGAUUUAAGAGCUCACAUGCGAAGAAAAAUGUUAAGAAUGUUGAGGUGAAAUCUUCAACCGAAGAGGAGCCGACGAGCGAUUCGGUAGAACCUCUUCUCGAGGUGGAGCCCCAUAUUGAUUUUGGGAAACUCGCGGACAUAGAGGAGCCGAAGAACAUUUUGCUACAAUAUGUAGGAACACAGGAACCUACUGGUGACCUGGUAAAACCUGCGACAGAAGAGGAGUCCAAGAACAGCCCGGUACAAUCUGUAGGAACAGAGGAGUCCCAGGAGCUCAAUGGUGAUCCAGUGAAGCCUGCUACAGAAGAGGGGUACAGGAACAAUUCGGUACAAUCUGUCGGAACAGAAGAGUCCAAUUGUGAUCUGGUGAAACCUGCAACAGAAGACGAGUCCACAAACAAUCCGGUACAAUCUAUAGGAACAGAGGAGCCCGACAAUGAACUGGUGAAGUGUUCUGACAAAGAGGAGCCCAACGACAAUCUGGUACAAUAUGUAGAAAAAGAGCAUUCUGACAGUGAUCUGGUGAAUUCUGCGGGAGAAGAGGAGAUGAAGAAUGAUUUGAUGAAAUCCGUGGAGUCGGAGCAGACCAAUAACGGGUUUGCCUUGACGUUUCAUUCUGAGCUUGGUAGUUCACUUGGUCGGACUCGAGCGAGUAAGUUUCAGAAUAGUCAUUCUAGUAGUGGAGUUCUUGAGUAUUCAAGAAAUAAAAGACUUAAGAGCUCCCACGCAAAGGAGGAUAUGAAGAACGAUGAGGUGAAAUCGUCAACUAAAAAGGAGCCAAAGAGCGAUUUGUUAAAUUCUCUGUUCCAGGAAGAACCAAAGAGUAAUGUUCUUAAGCCUGCUACCGAGGCGGAGUCCAACAACAAUCCGUUACAAUCUGUAGGAACAGAGGAGUCCGACGGCGAUCUGGUGAAAUCUACGAGCAAAGAGGAGACUAAAAACAAUUUGGCACAGUCUGUAGGCAAGGAGCAGCCUAACAGUGACCUCGUGAAUCAUGCCUGUGCUGAUGAGAUUGUGUUCAAGAAUGAUUUGAUGAAAUCUGUUGAAGCAGAGGAGCCCGAUAACGAUGAGGCAAAUUUCCAGGUUCAGAAGGGUUCACAGAACGAUAUUGUGAAAUCUCAAGCUGAGGAAGGUACGACCGUAGAAACGCCUAUUGUUAUCGAUGAUAAUUCUGAGGUAGUAACUAUAUUUCCUGUGAGGCCUCCCAGGCGUUUUACUCGUUCUGCCUUGACGGAGGGGCUGAAGAACAAUUUAUUGAAAGCAGUUGUGAAAAAGGAACCAAUUGAGAUUCCAUCUCCAAGCAGUAAGAAGUCAAAAAACGAAACUAGGAAACUUAUAAAAGAAGAGGGAACCAGUGUGGAAACUGUGAUGGUGCAUGGUGACGUCAGCGAGGGACAAAAUGCCUCGCAGGAGAAGUUUCCUAGGCGGUUUACUCGUUCACAAUUGAAGAAACCUAAGGCUGAACCAAUAGAGAUAUCUGCCACCACGAGUUGGGGUUCUGUUGUAUCAGAAGAUUCCAAGAAUGAAGCAAUUGCAAAAGCCAUUUCUGCCAUGCCAGAUGUUGUCAAGAGCGAGCCAGUGACUAUAGGUGACAGGGUGACAAGUGAUGUGGUUAGCCCAUUGAGAACACCUACGAAAAAGAAGUUGGAAAUGAAAAUGUCCAAGAAAAUUGCCUUGACCAAGCUUCCCACAAGGGUCAAGGAUCUUCUAGAAACUGGUUUACUGGAGGGGUUGUCUGUCAGGUACCUCUGUCGUAGCAGGAAGCAAGGAGGACUUAAAGGAACUAUUAAAGACCGUGGGAUCUUGUGUUCGUGUACAUCCUGCAAAGGGAGCAAUGUUGUUACUCCAUUCCAUUUCGAGCAGCAUGCAGGUAGUACAAAUAAGCGUGCAGCACAGUACAUUUAUUUGGAGAAUGGCAACAGCCUUCAUGAUGUUCUGGAGGCAUGUAAAGGUGCUCCUUUGGAUGAACUGGAAGCUACAAUUAAAAGUGCGAUUGGUUUAUCACCAAUAAAAGCUUCUACCAGGUGUCAGAAUUGCAAAGGUUCUCUUACUGUAUCUGGCACCAGGAGGUCAGUGCUAUUGUGCAAGUCGUGCCUAGAAGCCAAGAAAUCUCAGACAAGUCCUGCUUCUAGAACUGGUACCACUCCUGGGUCAUCAAAAUCAGCUGUUACUCCUAAGUCCUCUAACAGUGCUUUGAAGGCUGUUUCUGUUCCCAAGAGUAAAGGGAGGCUUACAAGAAAAGAUUUACGAUUGCAUAAAUUAGUCUUUGAGGAUGGUGGGCUACCUGAUGGAACUGAAGUAGCAUAUUAUGCACGUGGACAGAAAUUGCUUGAAGGUUAUAAAAAAGGUUUUGGAAUAUUCUGUCGUUGCUGCAACACUGAGGUCAGUGCCUCACAGUUUGAAGGUCAUGCUGGUUGGGCUUCCCGUCGCAAGCCGUAUCUAAAUAUUUUCACAUCCAAUGGAGUGUCACUUCAUGAAUUGGCUGUGUCUCUAUCUAAAGGUCGGAAGUUUUCAGCCAAUGACAAUGAUGACCUGUGUAGCAUUUGUGCAGAUGGUGGGGAUCUUCUGCUUUGUGAUAACUGCCCCAGGGCCUUUCACAAAGAUUGUUUGUCUUUAUCAAGUGUUCCUCGUGGUGAUUGGUAUUGCAAUUAUUGCCAAAAUAUGUUUGAAAGGGAAAAAUUUGAUAGUGUCAAUGCAAAGGCUGCUGGAAGAGUUGCAGGAGUUGAUCCUAUAGAGCAGAUAAACAAGCGAUGCAUUCGUAUUGUCAACACACCUGAAAAUGAAGUUGGUGGAUGUGUCUUAUGCAGAGGUCAUGGAUUUACAAAGUCAGGAUUUGGUCCACGAACGGUUCUGCUUUGUGAUCAGUGUGAGAAGGAAUUUCAUGUUGGUUGCCUGAGGGAGCACAAAAUGGCAGAUCUAAAGGAAUUGCCAAAAGGGACGUGGUUUUGUUGUACAGAUUGCAGUAGGAUUCAUUCUGCUUUGCAGAAGUUGCUUGACCGUGGAUCAGAGAAACUCCCAGACUCUCUUUCGAGUAUUAUAAGGAAAAAGCAUGAGGAAAAGUGUUCAGAGGAACAACGUUCAGAUGCUGACCUUGAUGUAAGAUGGAGACUUCUUAGUGGGAAAAAUGCUUCUCCUGAAACUAAAUUGUUGCUAUCCAAGGCUGUAGCUAUAUUCCAUGACUGCUUUGAUCCUAUAGUUGAUUCAACAACAGGUCGUGACCUUAUUCCAUCCAUGGUUUAUGGAAGGAAUUUAAGGGACCAAGAAUUUGGAGGGAUGUAUUGUGCAGUAUUAACAGUAAACUCAUCUGUGGUUUCAGCUGGAAUUCUUCGUAUUUUUGGACGAGAAGUUGCUGAACUUCCCUUGGUUGCUACAAGCAAGGAUAACCAGGGACAGGGCUACUUCCAGUCAUUGUUCUCUUGCAUUGAGAGGUUGCUGGGGUUCCUAAAUGUGAAGACCCUUGUCCUACCUGCAGCUGAUGAAGCAGAGUCCAUAUGGACAGAAAAGUUUGGCUUCACAAAAAUACCCCAAGACGAGUUGAGCAAUUUGAGAAAGGACUGCCAGAUGAUGACGUUUCAAGGGACAGCCAUGUUACAAAAGCCAGUCCCCAGGUGUCGGAUAAUUGGUAAACCGACUGAGGUCAGCUGACAUGCCAUCCUGUAGAAGCUAAUUGCAGAGUGACGGUUUUUUUUUGUACGCCUUUUAACUUAAAAUGUACAGGGAAGGAUCUGUGUUUUGAUAAUGUACAGGAAAGAGACAGAGUCCUUCCGCCUUCCAAAAACAUUACUUCUAUAAAAAAUGAAAGCUUAUUCAAUAGAUUAAAUACAAACUAGGACCAGAUAUUGGUCAUCAAUGGGAAUUCUAUUCUUUCUGUAACUGGGAUGGGCGGAGGGCUUUAACAGCGGUAUUUUCUUUUGUGACCUGAGGGAUGAUUGUCCCUCUUUUGUAAUCCUUUUUUUUUCUGAUGUUUCAUUAACGCAAGUGUCUUUCUUUCUCAUGGUUUCA